AUGACCCAAGAGCACCCCCCACGACGGCAGCGGCGGCGGUACAAGCCUCAGCGUUUGCGCGCUCCAGCUGAGGUGGUUACCGAGGACAGGGAAAAGCUUGCAGCCCGACAGGCCACGCGCAAGAACCGGCUAUCCCAGCCACCCCUGCUAGCCCCAAGGCCUCCGUGUCUCCCCGACUACUAUUGGCGACGAGGAACCUAUUCUGCCGGGGCCCAUUGGAGCGGCCUCACCGCUUUGCAGCUUCUGUGGCCGCUCACCGACUCGUCUGCAAAAGGACGCCGCCUGACGAAUCGCUACGCAGCAAGGGGGACCUGA